UUGAUGCGUUCAAUUAGUCGCGUUCAUGAGUGCGUCUAACGACGUAAAGAAUUGAAAUGAACUUCACUGAAUGCGCUCAUCGCAAAUUCGUGUUUUACUUUGUUUUGUUAGCUUGGUGCAGGGGUUGUGUUUUCAAAUCCUAGAUGGGAGGUAAGACCGGAGACCCCCCUCCUUGCACACGUCUGUAUAUGGCCAUUAUUUUUUGUCAGAAUGUUGCCUGUGGUGAGAUGUCAAUCUUCCGUCAAGUGUCUCUCCGUCAGUCACAGCCUACCGCAAAAUUAAUUCAAAUUACGAAAAAAUCAAAUGAUAAUUUUUUCCAAUUCAACAAUUAGAUUUUAAUUUUUUUUAAAUACAUCAUCAAAAAUAUGUUUAUAUUCGACCGUCUCAGUAAAACGAACACAUUAGGUCGGUGUUUGUUUGCAGAAUACAUCAAAUUUACCAUAUCAUUCUGUACAUGUUUGCAUUUCAGUUUUUCAGCAUUGUCAUCAUUGCACUUUUGUGUAAAUACAUCUGCUACAAAAUGCAUGACGUCCGAGAAAAUAUGGUUUUAGCUGGAAUCAUACUAGAUGCAUGUACAAUAUGUGUAUUUACCAGGGGUCGCAACUGGGACUUUUUCGGACAAAAUCGUUUUUUCUCAGAAUUUGAUGAAACUUUGGAUUUAUAUGUUUCAGACCGAAAGGAAAAAACAAUUUACCUCGGAAGUGAGGCAUUUUGUAGCAUAUAUAUUCACACAAAAGUGUGAAUUUUCAUCAAAUUCUGAGAAAACAAAAUUUUUCCCGAAAAAGUCUCGGUCGCGACCCCUGGCACUUACCAUAGCUGUUUAGCUAUUUAGCUUUAGUUUUACUAAAAAAUUUAUCGCAAUUUUUCGAGCCUUUAUUACGAAUCGUUUCGUAUUGAACAAUGAACUGCUGUACAUUCAAGAAGAAAUGAACCGUGCAUCGAAAAUGAUUACAGUUUAGAUUUAAAAUAUUUUUUUUUCUUGAAAGGUGCAUUUCAAACUAUUUUGUUUUCUUUUAAUUAAUUGAAGAUAACGGGACUCGUGCUGUUGAAAAAAAUAACGAAAGUGUUCAACCAGAUUGAAACACUACACACUGUAUCUAUCAUUGAAAACUUUAAACGACCGAAAUCCUACGCCAUAUAGAUCGAGUUUUGUGAUAGUGUUCAAGCAUAUAUGAGUUGCGAAUAUGAAGUCUCUAUAUAUAUUCCAAUUUAUAUUCCAUUGAGAAUACAUAUGAAUAAUAAUCCGAAAUUGAUUUACGUUGAACGCAAGGGCAAUCAUUUUUUUUCAAAACUCGGAUUACACUACAAUUGUAAAUUCAAUUUUGUGUUAUUGGUAGAUUGAAAAAUUGACAAAGUGUAAUUAAAAAAAGUUAUUGUUUGUGAUUCAAUUGUCCUCGACCGAAUAAAUAUUAGCAUUAACCGAGAAAUAGUCUGUCGUGAUACACUGAAAUUGAUUAAUUAAAACUGAAAAUAACUUAUUAACUUAAUGAAACGUGUCGAAAAAUAUCAUGAAGUCGUUAUUUAAGCCAAAAUUAAGAAUUCGUUUCAUCACUUUCAUUGGUUAUUCCUUGGUGUGCGCUGUAAUUUUAAUUCUUUUAGUUUUUCAGCUGAAUUUGAAUUUAAAUCAUAAAAGUUUUCUUGGACAUGUUGACACAAAACAUGAAAUCCAAGAUUGGUGGCACACAAUCGUCAAAAACAGCGGAUCACCAGAUAUCAAUGUUUCAAUUAAAGCACAUGAUUCAUUCAAUGACUUACAAGUUUUGACGAUAGAACCGCUCGAUGCUAGUCAAUAUGAUAAAUAUGCAGAUGUUAUAGUUUCAUCAUCGUCGAUAUCAAAGGCGGCUCAAAAUCGAAACAAUUUCAAUGAACUUCGGUUGAUUAUCAUAAAAAAUGGAAGCAGUUUGAAUCGAUUUCAUCGUCAUAUCACUAGAUUCGAUAUGUAUAGUGAAGAAAAUGCAAAAAUUGUUAGUGAACUACUUAAAGACAUGGCAACACAGCCAAUUUUGCACGUUGAACAGAAAACGGGUGGUACCCAACUAAAACUGGUGAUAACUUAUCAAAAUAAGAUGAAAGCAUUAUUUAAACCAAUGCGAUUUCCGCGUGAGCAACAAACACUUCCGAAUCAUUUUUAUUUUUCGGAUUUUGAGCGUCACACAGCAGAGAUAGCUGCAUUCCAUUUGGAUCGGUUAUUGGGAUUUCGACGAGCUGUGCCUGUUACCGGGCGCCUAUUGAAUAUAACGAGUGAAAUUUUUCAGAAGACAGAUGCUGAAUUAAUGAAGACAUCGUUUAUUUCACCCGCAAAUAAUUUAUGUUUUCAUGGAAAGUGUUCAUAUUACUGUGAUACAAGCCAUGCAAUUUGCGGUCAGCCGGAUACGUUGGAAGGUUCGUUUGCCGCUUUUUUGCCAGAGGAAAGUGAGCGAAAAAUUUGGCGCCAUCCAUGGAGACGAUCCUAUAGCAGAAAGAAGAAAGCCCAAUGGGAAAGUGAUAAUAAAUAUUGCGAGAAGGUUCGACGAGACCCGCCUUAUGAUGAAGGAAGAAGAUUACUCGAUCUGAUUGAUAUGUCAAUUUUUGACUUUCUCAUGGGCAACAUGGAUCGUCAUCAUUAUGAAACGUUUCGUAUGUUCAACGAUUCAUUUACCAUUCAUUUGGAUCAUGGCCGUGGAUUUGGCAAAGCAUUUAUCGAUGAAAUGAGCAUUCUGGCACCACUAUUACAUUGCUGUCAAAUACGCUCAUCCACAUUGAAGACUUUGUUGGAUAUUCACAAUGGCAACGAACCGUUAUCAAAAUCAUUGAAAAAUGCGAUGAGCAAUGAUCCCAUUGCACCAAUACUCUGGGAACCACAUUUGAACGCCCUGGAUCGCCGCGUAGAGAUAAUCUUAAAUGGAAUCCGGAACUGUAUACGAAACGUACAACAUGCUAAGGAUGAAAUUGAAGAAACUUCCGAAGUGUAAUUUGGAGAGGUUGAAUUUCAUGCAAAUAAAAUUAAUCAAAAAAAGGAGAAUGAAGACAAUUGCAUAUUGCACAGUCGAACGUUUUAUGUCAAAUUACAUUUUCCAUUUCUUCUAUGAGCGAGAUUCAUUACACAAACAUAUAUCGAGUUGGCACUCUCUAUAUGUUUGGCAAGUGCAACAAAACGAAAGAAGGCUAAAACCGACUACAUUGAUUCAUUGACUCCAAAAGUUUAAAUGUUUUCAACAUCAGUACUUGCGCAUUCAACGGAUCACUAGUUUCCUUGUUCUGAAAUCAUUAUUAACAGCAUCGAAGUCAAGCCGACAGUUUGGCUAAAUCCACCGCAGUGUCUGUAUUAAUGAUCUAGAACCAUCUAAGUCAUAGCUUACAAAUGGUACAAUUCAAACUGAAUCCGCUAUAAUUUUACCAAAUGACUGCUCACAACGUCAUUUCAAACGGGCAAUAAAUUUAGAUGAAAAAUGAAAGGUUAUCACAGUCCCACAGAUAACCUUUUUUAGACAGAGAAAAGUGUGGGCUCGUGUGAAUGUAUAAGACUCCAUGAUGAAACAUAAAUUCAGAUGUCUGAGUUGUUGCCUCAAAAAGUAUUCAUUGAAGGUUAUAUAGUCUUGUUAUCGAUAGACAAGUUCAAACAAUCAAACUGUGAAUGUAAUUUUUGUGUGUUUUUCAUAUUUUUUUCCAUUCAAUUUGUCGGUUAUAAUAAUUGAAAGUACCUUCGAAAUUUUUGCAAAAUAAAAAUCAUGAAACUCUCAGAAUGAAAUGAGCGGAGGGAGCAAACAGUACUCAACAAUUAAAAUACUCUGGCAUAUGUUAAAUAUUCAUUGACCAAGAGAUUGAGUCAAUGAUAAGGGAUUGUUAUUCAUGACAAGUAUUUCACAAAUUGGCUGUUAAUGGACAUAAAA